CAAGGGCUCAAGGCGCUUGUGACCGGUCAACAGGGGAUACCCUCUCCUUCCUUACACCUGAUCCCACCUCUGCUAUUUCCAAAAAAUGGACAGAAACACAACAGUUGAAAGACUAUUUCCUUUAGGCAAGAAUUACAACAACAGUGUCUUAGAGUUAGAGAAUAAUGUUACGUACAACACUCCUAGAAACAAUGAUGUUUCUACGGAAUUCUUAGUUACUUUAAUUGUUGCUAUUUUAAUACUCAUAACUGGAGUGAUUGGAAACAGUUUUACAAUUAUGUUUGUUAUUGUGAAAAGAAACUUACAUACGCCAACAUACACCGUCAUAGCUUGUUUUGGAAUUGCUGACCUCCUAGCAUCCUGUUCCCGAUUCGUUUUACAUUUGGACCAAUAUUUUGAAUUUUUAGAUCCGAUGGAUAUUACCGUGUAUGGCAUUAUCACUAUGUUCUUCCUACAUGCAGCAAAUUUCCAUGUAGUUUUAUUUGCAUAUUUGCGUUGUGCGUUUAUUUCGACCCCUCUUCAAAGCAUUGGAAUUACGUGUCAAAAGGUUUUGAAAAUUUCCAUCGUUAUUUGGAUAGUGUGUGGUGUUGUGACGUCAGUCUACGGUACAAUAAUGAUAUUUGAAAUCAAAAGUAUUAUUGCACUUGAAGACAGUUUGUUCACUGAAAUUAUAUUCUGGUCUUAUACUUACUUUUUGCCGUUAUUCCUUAUAGUUUACUUUCAUGUUACAAAAAUAAAAACGGUGAGGCAGCAUAGAUCUGAAACAACAAGAACACCAUGUUAUACCCAUAUGUCUAAGUCAAUGUCUUUUAUGUUUAUUAUUAUCAUUGCCAUUUUUGUCAUCAGUACAACUCCAUCAUAUGUGCAUGUUAUCAUACAAUACAUAUGCUGGAAAGAAAAUUAUCAGUUCAAUAUUUGCAUUCAUUAUCCUUUUCCAUUAAGCUAUUCAAUCUCCUAUAUUUGCGUCAUGUUAAAUAAUUGCAUAAAUCCAUUAAUUUAUUUUAUUUUUUCCCCUCCUGCCCGAAAGUUUCUGAACAGAUGUCGGUCAAUUCGGAGAUGAUUUAUAAUCAGUUGAAACAGGCUAAAGCUGAAAAUACGCAAGUAAGUUAAGGCUAUGUAGGUAGAGGCAUUUCUAUGCAAAUGAGCUAAUGAAAAUGCAUAAUUUGUGUAAUUUUUACACAGAGAAGGUUCAAGCUUAUUUUCUUAUACAUUAUAAGUUCACACAGCAUUAUAAAGCAACUGCAUAUUAUGACGUCAUUGAUCUUUUCCUAUUCAUUGUAAUAAAGACAUCAGCAAAAUA